AUACCUGCCAAUGAUAUUGUAUUACAUAUCGACCGAAACAUUUAGAUUCAACAAAGAUAAACCUGUACAACUUAAACACAGACACUGCUGGGGCUAAAUUGAAUUUUCUUUAUAAAAAAAAUUAAUGUUUUCACAGAAAAGGAAGUAAAUUGAAAAAUGCAAUAUUUGAGUGGAUAUAAAUCUUAAAUCUUGUCAUAAGAAAGAAAUAAAACUGAUAAUAGGAUACAAAUGGCGGCUAAGGGUGGCAACAAUGCAUCGGAUGAAAUUAUAGACACCAAAUGCUCUGUGUGUGCUGGAAAAAAUAUAACGCGAGAAGCUGAAAAAUACUGUGUAGAAUGUCAGGACUAUUACUGUAUACCAUGCACAGACACGCACAAAACAUUUCCGGCAUUGAGAGCACACAAAUUGCUGGAUAAAGCUGAUUUCAGUUCACGUGGUCUACAGUCAUCUUUACCGUCUUUUCCAACAGAGAGAUGCCGGAUCCAUAAAGCGAAACUUUUGGACAUGUUCUGUAAGAACCAUGAUGAGGCUGUGUGUGCCACUUGUGUUGCUAUAAAUCACAGAACAUGCCCGGAUAUACACUCUAUUCCGGACGAAGUUGAUAAUCUAUACAAGCAAUCAGCUUCCGAUCAAACCAAGAAACAACUCCUUGCAGCAAUGAAGGAUGUAGAGAAUAUAAAGAAAGUCAAAGAGCAAAUCCUCAGUGAGCUAAAGAAAAAAAAGCAGAGAGCAACUGAUUCUAUUAUAAACUACAGAAAAGAACUGGAGGCUGAGCUCAAGAGACUUGAAACUGAAUCACUCAAGGAAGUUGAUGCACAGUAUAGUAGUAUAGAAAGGGAUCUACAAAUUGAGAUCAAGGAAGCAGAGCAACAUAUUGAUGUCUUAGAACAAUCUGCUGCCAAGCUACAAAUGUGUCAUGGAAAUAAAGCCCAAGAAUUUGUAUGUUUCAAAACAGCUCAGAGAAAUUUUCUUACAGCCAAAAGUUCCACAAGUAAACAACAAUCAGAAGUGAAAAUAUUUUUUUCUGCUGAUAUGAAAAUAAAAAACUACCUAAAACAGUUAAAAACAUUAGAACAGGUGUCUGCAGCAGAAACAACUUACAAGCCAAGAACCACAGCAUACAAAGUGAAACAGAAGAGGGAUAUUGAUAUUAAGAUUAAAGAAGACAAAAAUACAUGUAGUAUAUGGGGGUCCUGUUUUACUGAGGAUGGCUCCUUGCUGCUUGCUGAUCUUUAUAAUAACAAGUUGAAACGUCUGGAUGUUUCUACAGAUACCAUCACACACCAUCUAGAUCUGGAGUCAGGACCUAUUGCUGUAUGUCUAACCAGUAAACAAAAAGCUGCAGCAAGUCUGGCCAACAACACCAUACAGUUUGUAUCACUAGGAGACAAGAUGGCAACAACAAGGAAGCUGAAGAUGGACCAUCAAUGUUAUGGUUUGGCCUUCAAUGAUGGGAAAUUUUUCAUAUCUGAUAAUAGCAAAACAGUUUAUAUUCAUGAUAUAAGUGGCACCAUGUUACAUAAAAUUACAACUGACAAAUCAGGCAACCCUAUUUUCAGUUCCACUAGACAUAUAAGUGUGAGUACAAACAGAGACCGUGUGUAUGUGGCUGAUAUUGAGACAGGUGUGAUAACUCUAGACAUACAGGGAAAUUAUCUAUCAACAUUUACUGAUCCUGAUCUAGUUAAGCCUCAGGGAGUAUGUACAGAUAAGAGAGGAAACAUACUGGUCACUUGUUACAGACCAUCAAAUAUUGUCCAGAUAAGUGAGGAUUCAAAAACAAAGUUAAGCAUCAUCAAAACAGAACAACAUCCAUUAUCAGUCUGCUUUGAUCCUCACCAGAACAAACUAGUUGUAACUCAUUAUAGAAGCAGUACAGUAAAAUUCUGUGAGCUGGAGUAAGAUACAUUUACUGCUGCUGACAUCACAACUAAAAACACUGAAUUAUCACUUACUUACUUUUGUUGGACUUUAAUGUCACAUUUCUUUUAAAAAAUUACAACACAAUUCAAGUCAUUAUUAAUUUUAUAAUUAUAAUAUAUCAUUUAUAGUAAAACAUUAUAAAAUAGGUUUAACAAAUGAAAUAGAAUUCUAUAAAAAGUAUUUUACUACACAGAUUUAAGACUUUACACCAGUUAACGGUAUGUUAAAUAGUUAGGUUUCAAAUUAGCUGUAAGAUUCUUCUUCAUCACAAAAUGCUAUUUUGGGUUCCAAUGGAUUUUUUUCAAUGAAUUGUUUAAUCUUAUUCCCUGUAGACUUUGUGUGUUUUGUUAGCAUUUGUUGCAUAUCUUCAUUUGUACUGUACAUAUGCUACAGAUCAAGUUAAUUGAAGAUCUUUCAAAGUGCAUGAGAAGAAGUUGUUUAAAGUUUUCCUAUUUUUAUCUCUGAGAGCUCUUAAAAGUGGUAAAGUGGAAGCACUGGAAUAAGAUAGAGUGGUCCAUGCAAGUAUGAUGUAGAAAAACAAGUUGAACACAGUGAUUUUCAAGUGGUAAGUUUUCAAUUUUAAGCUAUCUUCUUUGUAAUAUAUUUGUACUUCCCAGCAGGCAAAGUAAAUUACAAUUAAUGCAUAUAAGUAUAUAUAAAUAUUUUUAAUAAUAUUUGAUAAUAUAUUAUUGAUUCAUUUUUUACAUUCACAAUAAAUGACCAAUUCCCUGGAAAAUCUGAAAAAAGAAAGAAAAUAAAAUAGGAGAGUAGAAGCAGAGAGAAAGAGUGGAACGAGUGAAAAAAGAAUAUGAUCAUUCUCAAUAGAAGGUAUAUUCACUUAACUUGUAUUCUGACAGUUCAUAUUAUUUCUAUGAUAUUGUUAAAAUGGACCAGUUAACUUUUAGUGAAGAUUAUGUAAUUCUUAUUUUGUAGUUCUUUGUAAAUAUUUCUUUUUCCAUUUUAAUUCAUAGUUUCUGAUAUGAUAUAUAAUACUAGAAAUACAUUUUGCAUGACCGCGGGCAGUAUGUCAAGCCCGCCAGCACCUUUGGCCUCUAAGUCUGACCUUGACCUAAGACCUAGCAACCUGGUUCUUGCGCAUGACACUCCGUCUCAUAAUGGUGAACAUUCAUGCCAAGUUACAUCUAAAUCCCAUCAUGCAUGAAGAAAUGUUCUGUACAAACUUAAUUUGAUCUUUGACCUCUAAAAGUGACCUUGACCUUAGACCUAGGGACCUGGUUCUUGCGCAUGACACUCCGUCUCAUAAUGGUGAACAUUCAUGCCAGGUUACAUCAAAAUCCCACCAUGCAGAAGAACGAGUGAGUUCGACAAUAAAACUGUCAAAGACAAGCACAAAUUUUCUGUAUUUCACUAAAAAAAGAUACAAUAUCAUUAAAAUAAUUAAACAGUUUAAUACUAUUUGGCCUGUUUGCUAAAAAAAAGACAAAGCUGACUACUUUUAAACUCAAGUUUAAUGAGAAACUUAAAGCUCUUAAAAUCUCAGUUUAAGUAUUCCGUAUAAUUAUGUAAAACAUCCAUAGUAAAUAUAGUAAAUAUUUAUAACUUGAAAUAAUGUAAAGAAUGUUGUUUUUUUUAUUGAAAGCUUCUCAGUUUUGAGACUAUUGAGUCGAUUUUAAACACUUGACAGUAUUUAAGAUUUUUUCCCUUGUAUAUACUUUUCAUCAAAUAUAUUAUCCAAUUUGGCCUCAAUUUCAUUAUUUUUGUAUAUUUUUUCUCCAUUUGUGUAUCUUAAAAGUACUUGUUAAGUGAUUUGAGCCACGCCAUGAGAAAACCAACAUAGUGCAUUUGUGACCAGCGUGGAUCUAGACCAGCCUGUGCAUCUGCGCAGUCUCGUCAGGAUCCAUGCUGUUCGCUUUCAAAGUAUAUUGCAAUUACAGAAACUGUUAGCAAACAGCAUGGAUCCUGACCAGACUGCGUGGAUGCACAGGCUCGUCUGGAUCCAUGCUGGCCGUAAAACUAUGUUGGUUUUCUCAUGGUGCGGCUCAAAUAGUGAAUCAUUUCUACCAUAUAUUAUCCUUCUGUCUCCCACCUAUAUAUUAUGAAGAAAACAUUUAACUAGCAGAUAAUAUCUCAAAAUAAUCUGUAGGUUCCAAAUCAUAUUCUUGAAGUUUUUAUAUAUAUAUAGUAUACAAAGUUCUGUAUAUAUUUCAAUGAAUGUUUCAUACCAUUCUUUAUAGAACUAGAAAUGUGUCCAUGGGACACAGAUGCCCCCACUACAUGACAAAGGACACAAAUUUUUUCCUAGGUCAGGGAACAUAACUCCUACAAUACUGAAUGAAUCCGGACGCAAAACCCCAGGUGCACAACUGCACAUGCUGACCAACAUUCCUUUAAACUUUGGUGACUCUAGGACAAAUACUUUUGGAGCUACGCGUGACACAACAUUCAAAUGACCAAUUUUUAACUAAGUCUGGGGCCAUAACUCCUACAAGACUGAAUGAAUCUGGACGCAAAACCCAAGGUACACAACUGCACAUGCUGACCAACGUUCCUGUAAAUUUUGGUGACUCUAGGUCAAAUACUUUUGGAGCUACGCGCGACACAACAUUAAAAUGACCAAUUUUUUAAAUAAGUCAGGGGCCAUAACUCCUACAAGACUGAAUGAAUCGGGACGUGAAACCCCAGGUGCACAACUGCACAAUGUCAUGCUGACCAACAUUCCUGUAAACUUUGGUGACUCUACGUCAAAUACUUUUGGAGCUAGGCGCGACAACAUUAAAAUGACCAAUUUUUUACUAAGUCAGGAGCCAUAACUCCUACAAGACUUAAUAAAUCCAGACACGAAACCCCAGGUGCACAACUACACAUGCUGAUCAACAUUCCUGUAAAGUUUUGUGACUCUCUAUCAAAUACUUUUGGAGCUACGUGCGACACAACACUAAAAUGACCAAUUUUUACAAAGUCAGGGGCCAUAACUCCUACAUGACUGAAUGAAUCCGGACGCGAAACCCCAGGUGCACAACUACACAUGCUGACUAACAUUCCUGUAAAGUUUUGUGACUCUACGUCAAAUACUUUUGGAGCUAGGCUUGACACAACAUUUUAGGAAGGACGGAUGAAAGGAUGGACGGACAGACGGACAAGAGCAAAUCUAUAUGCCCCCCCCCACCCCCCACCACCCAAAAGUGGGGGCAUAAAAAUAUUUAUGGUUUGUGUUUUAUUUCAGAGUUGUUCCAAAUGAUUUAAUGACUAACUUCUGUUUCCUUUUUAAUAUCUUUUAUGAUUGCCUGUGCUAAUAAAAUAUCUAAUCAGAAAACAUUA